AUGUUUCCCUGGGCCCUCUGCUACCUCUCGGGGCCCCACCAGAAGAUAUUUCGGCACUGUGAGGCUGUGAGGGGCUUCAUCCGCCACGAAAUCAUCAGACACAAGCUCCGGGCCCUGGAGGCCCCCAAGGACUUCCUCAGCUGCUACCUGUCACAGAUCACCAAGACCAUGGACGACCCUGUCUCCACUUUCAACGAGGAGAACCUGAUCCAAGUGGUGAUUGACCUGUUUCUGGGAGGCACCGACACCACGGCCACCACACUGCACUGGGCACUCAUAUACCUGGUCCAUCACAGAGCCAUCCAGGAGAGAGUGCAGCAGGAGCUGGACGAGGUGCUGGGCACUUCGCAGGCCAUCAGCUAUGAGGACCGAGAGCGACUUCCUUACACCCGUGCUGUCCUCCAUGAGGUGCAGCGACUGAGCAGCGUUGUGGCUGUGGGCGCUGUGCGCCAGUGUGUGACUUCCACUUGGAUACAUGGCUACUAUGUGCCCAAGGGUACCAUCAUCUUGCCUAAUUUGGCCUCUGUGCUGUAUGACCCCGAGUGCUGGGAGACCCCUCAGCAAUUCAACCCUGGCCACUUCCUCGACAAGGAUGGAAACUUUGUGACCAAUGAGGCCUUCCUGCCCUUCUCUGCAGGGCAUCGGGUGUGUCCCGGAGAGCAGCUUGCUCGAAUGGAGCUCUUCCUGAUGUUUGCCACCCUCCUCAGGACCUUCCAGUUUCAGCUACCAGAAGGGAGCCAGGGCCUCAGACUGGAAUAUGUCUUUGGGGGGACACUGCAGCCUCAACCCCAGAAGAUUUGCGCAGUGCUUCGCCUAAGCAGCCUCCCUAGGGAGGAGGGCCCGUAG